AUGGCGGCCUACGGCACCAAUCGAACAAUUGUCAUCGAUUUUUCUAAAUGGCGUUACACCAAUAAUGGCUGGAAGGAUAUCUUCUUGCCAUUCAGUGCAUCAUGCAACAUCUCAAAGGAUAACAUUACUACAUGGCCUGGAGGAAAUGAUUCACAGACGAUCCAGUUUCAAGGGUCCUUAACAAAUCCCAAACCGGAGCACAUACCUUUGGCCAUCCCAAGAGACAUCUCUGAUCGCCUAAUACGUCUGGUGGGCGAGCCAGGUGCCUGGUGGGUCGGCCAGUUCGUCAAAUAUGUGUUCAAACAUCCGCCAUACAUUCAGGAGAUAAUCAACAGAGUAGAAAAAUCCAUUAAUUUUCAGCGUCCUAUUGUUGGCGUGCAUGUGAGACGGACUGACAAGAAAAGCGAAGCCAGUUACCACGACCUGGAGGAAUACAUGGAGCAGGUAGAGCAAUACUACAACGGACUCCAGAUCGUUAACCCAAAUGUCACCCGAAGGAUCUAUCUUGCUUCCGACGAGCCCUCGGUCUUCACAGAGGCAAAGAAAAAGUACCCGCACUAUGAGAUCCUCUACCACAAGAGGAACAUAGACGUAGUCAAGGAUGAAACACGGUUCACUGUUACGUCACUCAGAGAUCUGGUAGUGGAUAUCUACUUCUUAGCUCGGACCGACUACAUAGUUGUCACUCUCUCCUCCAACGUGAGGAGGCUGGUGUACGAGCUGAUGCAGACCAUGCGCCUCGACGCUCCCAACCGCUGCUACUCCCUGGACCAACCCUACUGGUACCACAGACAGCGGGACAGCUAUGUGAGGGCCCGCUUCCCACACCAGUCUCACAGGGACAAUGGUGUGAGGAUCGAGACGGGUGAGAAGCUGCGUGUGUCACCGCCUGAGGCCAGUGUCUUCCGCAAGACUCUCUACGAGUACAGAGUCAGCAACAACCAUGCAACAGCAACCAUGCCGCUCCACAAGCUGCAACACCUCGUCGACGUUGUCAAUGUUUCCUACACUUACUCAGACUAA